AUGAAUCUGGCCGUGAAAUUGCGGAGGAACCUGCGUCGGCUGGUCAUUUUACUGACCACCUUCUGCUUGGCCAGCCUCCUUGUCUCCGCCUACUACCUCUACACAGGCUCCGCCCAGGAGGUGGAGCUAGCGGACCGUCUAGUGGGGCCAGACUGUGCCGAACUCCGCGCCCUCCCUUUCCGACAGGCAGAGCAACGGACACCUAAACCCAUGGACCCCACCCGUAAGGACCCCGUGGUGCUGGUGUUUGUGGAAAGCCAGUAUUCCCAGUUAGGCCAGGAGAUCAUUGCCAUACUGGAAUCCAACCAGUUUCAGUAUCAUGCAGAAAUUGCCCCGGGAAAGGGCGACAUCCCGCCGCUAACGCACAAAGGUCGCGGUCGUUACGCGCUAGUCAUCUACGAAAAUCUUCUCAAGUACGCUAACAUGGACGUCUGGAACCGGGACCUCCUGGAUAAGUACUGCGUAGAAUACAGCGUGGGCGUGAUCGGGUUUUACCGUGCUAGUGAAAACUCCGCUCCACUUUUACGUUUAAAAGGUUCUCCGCUAAUGCUACGUACGAACGUCCCGUUGCGCGACUGCUGCGUAAACCCUCGCUCUCCUGUACUUUACGUCACCCGGCCGGAACUCGACAGAGGGCCGUUGCCCGGCAACGACUGGACAGUGUUCCAAUCCAACCAUUCUACCUACGAGCCGGUCCUGCUGGCCAAAUCCAGGCCCGGAGAGGGUGGAGGAGAAGCUGGACCGGGGCUUCACGCCACGGUGGUCCAGGAUUUUGGUCUUUAUGACGGGAUUCAGAGGGUCCUGUUUGGACACGGUUUGGGUUACUGGCUCCACCGGCUCAUCCUGGUGGACGCCAUCUCGUACCUGACGGGAAAGAGACUGUCCAGGUCUCUGGAGAGGUACAUCCUGGUCGACAUCGACGACAUCUUCGUCGGGAAGAAAGGAACGAGGAUGAACGUUAACGACGUCAAGGCCCUUUUGGACACACAGAAUCUUCUACGGUCACAAAUCUCCAACUUUACAUUUAAUCUGGGCUUUUCUGGAAAAUUCUACCAUACAGGCACUCAGGAGGAGAACGAGGGCGAUGAUCUCUUGUUAAAGUACGUGGAUGAAUUCUGGUGGUUUCCUCACAUGUGGAGUCAUAUGCAGCCUCAUCUUUUCCACAACGAGUCCUCUCUCAUGGAACAGAUGAUCCUCAACAAAGACUUUGCCCUGGAGCACGGCAUUCCUGUAGACAUGGGCUAUGCAGUAGCGCCUCACCACUCUGGUGUGUAUCCUGUGCACAUUCAGCUGUAUGAGGCCUGGAAGAAAGCCUGGGAUAUCAGAGUGACCAGCACAGAGGAAUACCCCCACCUCAAACCAGCCCGUUACCGCAAAGGCUUCAUCCACAACAACAUCAUGGUUCUUCCCCGGCAGACGUGUGGGCUGUUCACGCACACUAUCUUCUAUAAGGAGUAUCCCGGAGGACCUAAAGAACUGGAUAAGAGUAUCCGCGGAGGAGAGCUCUUCCUCACUGUUCUACUCAACCCUAUCAGCAUAUUCAUGACUCAUUUGUCAAACUAUGGGAAUGACAGACUGGGUUUGUAUACCUUUGCGAACUUGGCCAACUUCCUGCAAUGCUGGACCAAUCUCCGACUGCACACCCUCCCCCCCGUGCAACUGGCUCGCAAGUACUUCCAGCUUUUCCCCGAGCAGAGAAACCCACUCUGGCAGAAUCCAUGUGAUGAUAAAAGACAUAAGGACAUCUGGUCUAAGGAGAAAACAUGUGAUCGACUUCCCAAAUUCAUGGUCGUGGGCCCACAGAAAACUGGUACCACAGCUCUUUACCUUUUUCUCAUCAUGCAUCCCUCCAUCUCCAGUAACUUCCCCAGUAUGAAGACUUUCGAAGAGGUUCAGUUUUUCAACACUAAUAACUAUCACAAAGGCAUUGACUGGUACAUGGAAUUUUUCCCUGUUCCGUCUAACAUAAGUACGGAUUUCCUGUUUGAGAAGAGCGCCAACUACUUCCCCUCGGAGGAGACACCCAGACGUGUGGCGGCCUUACUGCCCAAAGCCAAGAUCCUCACACUGCUUAUCAACCCCUCAGACCGGGCCUACAGCUGGUACCAGCAUCAGCGAGCACAUGAGGACCACGCUGCUUUGCGGUUCAGUUUUUACGAGGUUAUCUCAGCCAAUCAGCACGCUCCUGCAGAACUACGCUCUCUCCAGAACCGCUGCCUCGUACCGGGGCUGUACGCCACACACAUCGAGAGAUGGCUCACAUACUUCCCCCCCAGCCAGCUAAUGAUUAUAGAUGGCCAGCAGUUGCGGAAUGACCCGGCGUCUGUUAUGGACGAGGUGCAGAAGUUCCUGGGUGUCUCUCCUUAUUUUAACUACUCCCAGGCGCUCACAUUUGAUCCUCAGAAAGGUUUUUGGUGCCAGUUGUUGGAUGGAGGGAAAACUAAGUGCUUGGGGAAGAGCAAAGGAAGGAAGUACCCGCCCAUGGACACAGAGUCACGAGCAUUUCUGUCAAGGUUCUACAGGGAUCAUAACAUUGAGCUGUCCAAACUACUACACAGAUUGGGCCAGCCACUUCCUGCCUGGUUAAGAGAAGAGCUACAGAAGGUCAGAUAG